UUUCAGUUUUGCUUUUGCCUUCAAGCUCUCAAUAAUAUGAAAAUUUCUGAAAAAAUAGUAAAUCAAAUUAAUGUUGAUGGAUUCUAUGAUAAAUAAAUGCAAGGCCCUAGAUGACCUGGAUGAUGAAAAAGAAAAUGAUGCAAAAGCUGACUGCCUAAGGGAAAAACAAGAACAUAAUGCUAAACAAUCCAACCUAGAUAAACUAUUUAAUGAACUUAACCUGAAUGAUGUAAGGGAAGAAUCGUUCAACAGGCGAAUGAAAGUGAAGACCACCGAUUCCAACAACUAUCUUUAUAAGAAUUACUUCAAAAACGCUCCCACCGAUAUUCCUUGGGAUAAGGUACGCGAGAAAGGGAAUCCCAUGGGUUCCGACUUUGAUAUUGGUUUUGAAAAUGUAUUCGAGGACGUGAGCAAGCUGGCCGAAGUGGAAAAGCAGCUGCAGUUGCUCUACAGACCCUUCGUCUGUCACUUGGACCUCAAUUGCCGGUUCAAUAUGUACGAACUGUGCCUGCUGAUGGCCAACUCCCGCUACGAUCCGGCCAGUCAUCCCAGCGUGUCCGUGAAGGUGACCCAUCCCAGUGCCCAGGUGAGGAUCCAUGCGGCUGGGAAGAUUGUGGCCACUGCCUUAAACUCGGACUCGGCCAGGAUUGCCCUGUUCAAGGUGAUCAGGGUCCUGCUGGAUCUGGACUACAAGGCGGACAUCAAGAACUUUGGCAAGAGCAUCGUGAAUGCCUCCUUCAGCAUGCCCUUUAAACUCGAUCUGGAGCUGAUGAGUCGCCUUCAUGCGGAGGAGGUGACCUACAACUGGAGCAAGCGACCCUUUAUCACCUACACUGACGAAAAAGCGGGUGUGAGAUUUGCAGUUUUUCCCACGGGAUUCGUAUUGGUCUUACACUCGAACUGUCACAGGGAGACCCGUGAGGCCAUAUCUGCAUUUCUGCCCAUCCUGGCCAGAUUCAAGAAUGGCUAUCCCACGGAUGCGGAAAGGGAGGGGAAGCUGGUGGGCGAUCUGUCCUAUAAGUUGUUGUGGGAAAAGAGGUUGGAGGAGGACCAAGAGGGUCUGCUCCUUUACUCUUGAAACAUUUGUUAAAGGUUUAUGUAAUAUUGUUUAAAGAUACAAUAAAAGUGAAAUAGGUUCAUGAGUAUAAGGAUCAACAA